GAGAGCCGGAAGUGGCUGGCUAGCGAGGAGCCCGGGGCGCCCUGUCCGUCGGCGCUCUAGCCGGCGCGCGCCGUCUCUAUGCUCCCCCGCGUCGGGUCUAUUUAUUGUCGCGGGGGAAGCGGCGGCCGCCCCGGACCCGGAACAACAAAGCGCGACAGACGGAGCCUGAGCCUCGGGGGCUCCUAGCAACGGACCGGGGCGGGAGUUCCAUGGAGACUGGGGAGCGCGCCCGCCUCAUCAUCAUCCUUGUCCUCCAGCUUCUCCUUCGCGUCCGGCGCAACCGGCAGCAGCGCUGCCGCCGCGUCCUCUACGGCCGUCCGGUCUUCCCACGGAUGUGAUCUUCGUGGUGGGAAGCUGAGUUUUUAAACUACCCCAAUGGAUGCAGACAGUGACGUUGCAUUGGACAUUUUAAUUACAAAUGUAGUCUGUGUUUUUAGAACAAGAUGCCAUUUGAACUUAAGGAAGAUUGCUUUGGAAGGAGCAAAUGUAAUUUAUAAGCGUGAUGUUGGAAAAGUAUUAAUGAAGCUUAGAAAACCUAGAAUUACAGCUACAAUUUGGUCCUCAGGAAAAAUCAUUUGCACUGGAGCAACAAGUGAAGAAGAAGCUAAAUUUGGUGCCAGACGUUUAGCUCGCAGUCUGCAGAAACUAGGUUUUCAGGUAAUAUUUACAGAUUUUAAGGUGGUUAACGUUUUGGCAGUAUGCAACAUGCCGUUUGAAAUCCGUUUGCCAGAAUUCACAAAGAACAAUAGACCUCAUGCCAGUUAUGAACCUGAACUUCAUCCUGCCGUGUGCUAUCGGAUAAAGUCUCUACGAGCUACGUUACAGAUUUUUUCAACAGGAAGUAUCACAGUAACAGGACCCAACGUAAAGGCUGUUGCUACUGCUGUGGAACAGAUUUACCCAUUUGUGUUUGAAAGCAGGAAAGAAAUUUUAUAAUUCACCACUUAGUGAAUCUUAACUGAGCACCUUUUAAAACCUGCUGCACAUUGGACUCAAAACAUAAGAAAAACUGGACCAACAGCAAUUGAGGAAAUAGACUCUUUGAUUCAUUUGUGGCUACAGUGUAAGCUCCAGUCCAUUUGGAUGUUCUUUCAAAACUUGCUGUAAUAUAAAAAAGAAGUUUACAAGACAUGACAUUGCUGCUUUUACAAAAGGACAUUCUAUUUAUUUUCGCAGUGAUUUUCAUGUCCUCAUAAGCAGAGCUGUCACGGUGUGCACUACCUUACAUUGUUUUAUUGUUGUUAUUUUUUCCAGUUGGAGCUAAUGUGUUUUAUUUGUGAAUAGUCUUUUACAUUUUUGUAUGCUGAAUAUGGGCACCAAAGAACCUGUAAAAGUUAUCUUUUUCAAUUGAAUGUGCACAAAUAAAAGUUUGGAAAAGAUCUCUUCAUAUCCAUUCUAUAAAUUUUAUUCCCCAUUUUCUAUCUUAACAAAAACUGUAUCUCUUUUUUUUUAAUCUAUGCAAGCUUAGACUGGCUGAAGUGUGUCGGCUUCUUUUUGAAGUAUAUUUUGUGUACAUAUGUAUAUGCCUUGUGUGUAUAGUGUCUCAACGCCCUGUUACCAAAUAGCGAGUAGAUUUUUUUCUUGCAGAUUAGAAAUAAAAGUAUGUAUAUAAACUCUAGGAGAUGGGAGUAGAACUUUGUAGAUAAGACAGUGCUUAUGUUGUUAAUUUAAAAUGGUAGAAAAUGUUAAAUAACUCUUCAAAGCUAAGAGAUUGUAGUUUUAAAACCAGAAACCUCUUCACUAGAUGUUAUGAGAAAGAAGCUGUGACAGGAUGUACUCCAUUUGUACCUUGAUUGUUCUGGAAAGAUUCAAUUGUAGUUGUAUGGAAUUGGUUGAGAUUCUUGCCUGUUAACCUUGGGUUGGUGCUCUAAGGAAUCCUUAGAACCUUGUCACGUGUCAUUGUGCUCUUUACGGGAAGUACCUACAAACUGCCUCUGUGCCACAGUAGGUUAUAUGGUUCACCUUGAACUUGAAAGCCAUUUUGCCAGUUAUAUCUGUCUCCCGGUUGUGUCUUACUUAAUGCCGCUGAAAAUGGCUGUUCUAUAUAUGGGAUUGCCACUCUUAAAGUUACAGUAAGUAACACAUUUUUGAAACACUGUCUCCCUGGCUUGCCCAUGAAUCUUGGAAUGGUAAUACAGGAUCCAACCACAGGUGGGCUUCACUGCCCCUAUUUGGGAGUUUACUGUAUAACCAGCAGGGAUUUUACCUGGAAAUAAAGCUGAACAGAAUCAGAUUCACUUAUCAGUAGGAACUUAACCCAGGCCAGUGUCCCAACAGCAAUCUUCUAAAACCUAAAUUGCCAAAAUAUUUUUAAGCCUUUAUGAAAAAAUUGCAACAUUUUUAGCCUCCAUAAAGAGUACAUUUUAUCAUAUAAAAUCUUGGAAAUUUAAGCACUGCACUGAGUAAUACAUAUUAUUUCAUGCUUAUUUUUAUCUUUUUCCUUCCUUCCUUGCUUCUUCCCUGCACUGCUUGUCACUCCUUCAAAAAUAGGGGCAAAGGCUAAGUUAUGUUAUUCUUACACAAGAUUUAAUUGUGGUUUUCUAAGACCUUUUAUUUUUACCUUUUAUUUAAGAUCUAGUUGGAUAACUGAAACCUUAUGCACAAAAACUAAAGUUAAAUAAAAAAAAUCACAGGCAGGGUAUUAAAAAUUUUGGAAUUUUCCAAUUGAUAAGUUAUCUCCUGAUUUGCAUGUUCACAGAAAAAUAUGGAAUGUGGCGGGGGGGGGGAUUAUUACAGAGCUAAGACCUGAGCCCAGAUCAUGUAAUAUUAUCAGUAUUCAAGUAACUUGAAGCCUAUGGGCGGAUCAGCAGCUCACUGGAAGUGCUUUAUCUGGAAAAGGAGGAAGGACAGGCUGGCCAGGACUGGGUUGGGGGAGCACUGCCUGGCAAGUUGUUCAUGUGAUCUAUAAGGCUGAUAUUCUCUGCUGGCUUCCCACAAGUACUGUCAGUUUUUUAAAAUAUGAAUAAAAACUGUGAAUAUGUAUA